UUGGAGUUGUAGAUUUAUCUGUCGUUGCAGUGCUUGAUUGUAUUGAUGAUGUCUCAGGACGCUUGACGUUCAUUUCAGUUGGAGUUGUAGAUUUAUCUGUCGUUGCAGUGCUUGAUUGUAUUGAUGAUGUCUCAGGACUGCUUGACGUUAUUUCAGUUGGAAGUUUUGGAGUUGUAGAUUUAUCUGUCGUUGCAGUGCUUGAUUGUAUUGAUGAUGUCUCAGGACUGCUUGACGUUAUUUCAGUUGGAGUUGUAGAUUUAUCUGUCGUUGCAGUGCUUGAUUGUAUUGAUGAUGUCUCAGGACUGCUUGACGUUUUAUUUCAGUUGGAGUUUUGGAGUUUUGUAGAUUUAUCUGUCGUUGCAGUGCUUGAUUGUAUUGAUGAUGUCUCAGGACUGCUUGACGUUAUUUCAGUUGGAGUUGUAGAUUUAUCUGUCGUUGCAGUGCUUGAUUGUAUUGAUGAUGUCUCAGGACUGCUUGACGUUAUUUCAGUUGGAGUUGUAGAUUUAUCUGUCGUUGCAGUGCUUGAUUGUAUUGAUGAUGUCUCAGGACUGCUUGACGUUAUUUCAGUUGGAGUUGUAGAUUUAUCUGUCGUUGCAGUGCUUGAUUGUAUUGAUGAUGUCUCAGGACUGCUUGACGUUAUUUCAGUUGCAGUUGUAUAUUUAUCAGUCGUUGCAGUGCUGGACCCUAUUGAUGAUGACGCAGGAGUGCUUGACGUUAUUUCCGUUGCAGUUGUGGAUUUAUCUGUCGUUGUAAUGCUGGACCCUAUUGAUGAUGUCUCAGGACUUAUUAAUUUUAUUUCAGUUGCAGUUGUAGAUUUAUCUGUCGUUGUAGUGCUGGUCCCUAUUGAUGAUGUCUCAGGACUGCCUUGA